AAGAAGAGGAGGCAACACAAUACACUAGUGUCCAGCGAUUGUCCAUCAUAAUAUUUAAAAAUAUACUUAGUCCUUUUAUUCAUUUAAAAUAUAAUUGUCUUUUAUUUCAGCACAAUAAUGGAAUAGAUAGACAUUAAUUGAUAAUAAAACCAGCCGAUGGAUUACUUGGACGUAGUUUUAAAGAUAAAUAAAAAAAAUUAUGAAUAUAUGUGAUGGUAACACGACAGCCAGAAGAGUUUAGAAGGAAUAACGAUCAACAGAUCGGAUGGAUUGAUAAUCAGAAUAACAACAAUGUGAAGGAAAACGAGCGGCGUUGUGGGAAUAAUGACAAAUUUAACAUCAGGAGCGAGAGCGUUGUUGUUAUUGAAGACAAUGACCUUGACAUUGAUGUCGGGAGUGGUGAUGAUAAUAAUAUAAAUUUAAACAUUGAAACAACGCGGCCAUCUUAUCGUUGUUCUAGCACUGGCGAGUCUUCUAAUGAGUCUAGUUUAAAUAGCAAUUACAGUGAUUCUAAUGAUAAUGAUAAUGACAAUGAUAAAUCUUCAAAUCAGUCUAGUUUUAAUAACGAUCAUGUGAUCAAUAUCGACAAGUAUGACGAUCGGAUUUUUUAUGAUGAUGAAGACUAUGAAGAGCGUGGAGAUCAAGAUAAGGAUAAGGAAGAAGACGAUGUCGAAGAAGCCGAGAAAGUUAUCGGCGAAAUGGGAGGCUGGACGGACCUCAAAGGAGCCCAGAUGCAAAAAAUCCAGCACGAAACGAUAACCGGUCAUGUGUUACCCACUUUGGACACUACGGCUUUUGGUGAUAUUUGUAUUAAAGGCUCCACUAAUGUUCGAGUGGGUAACACUACGCUUUAUAAAGGUCCUGUUACUAUCAAACAAUUUUUAUAUACUAAUUCUGGUGACGGUAAUGGUCAGCCGAAAGAUUUUAUUAACAAUCAAACUCCGGAUGCUAAUAUUUUGACUACAGAUGGAAGCACACUUCCGAUAAUUCCUGUACAGCAAGAAAAUUUAAGAGUGAGAAAAUUAUUGUGGACUUGGAGAUGUACUGCUCUAUUUAGUUUUAUAACAUUACUUGCGGUCUUGAUAAUUGUCGUUGUAUCAUUAAAGCUCACUGAAAAGCUAGACGACUACCCUUCUCAUAAACCAGCCAUUGAUCCUGAUGACAUACUUACAGAUGGAGUAAGAUUCAUCCAACGCGUCGAAUGGGGAGCGCAGCCUCCGGAAAAAAAACCCAAGAAACUAGAAAUAAUUCCUGCGCCGUAUGUGAUUAUCAGUCACACAGCAUCAGAAUCUUGCAACAAUCAAGCGGAAUGUAUCCAACGCGUCCGAUUAGCUCAGACGAUGCAUAUAGAGGGCAACGGAUGGGACGACAUCGGUUAUAAUUUCCUGAUUGGAGGUGACGGGCUCGUCUACGUUGGCCGCGGAUGGGAUAUUGAAGGUGCUCACGCAUUUGGAUUUAAUCGCAAGAGCAUUGGGAUCAGCUUUAUUGGCACCUUUAACAAAGAAACCCCACCGAGAAGACAAAUUCACGCGCUGGAGAAAUUGAUCGAGCUUGGUGUUAAGAAUGAAAAAAUCAGUGUGAAUUACAAACUCCUUGGACAUCGUCAAGUGUCGGAAACUUUAAGUCCUGGUGAUGUUUUAUUUGGAAUUAUCAAAGCAAUGGAUCAUUGGUCUGAGAAACCUUGACAAUUGAUUUUUUUUAUUUUUAUCUAGUCUGUUGUUUAAAAUGUUAUACUCAUAAAAAUUUUUUACUUAUUAUUAUUGUUAAUUGGUAUAUUUGAGUUGAAUAGAGACUAUCAAAAUAGA